AUGUAUGGCUCAAUGAAAAAGGUCCAGUACUUUGAAAAAGAAAUCAUGCUGCAGUAUUGUUACCCUCGCCUGGAUGUGAAUGUCAGCAAAGGCGUGAACCAUUUGCUGAAAAGCCCUUUCAGUGUCCACCCCAAAACAGGCCGCAUCUCUGUUCCCAUGGACCUCAAAGAGUUGGACAAGUUUGACCCUUUUGCUGUUCCCACGAUCAGUCUGAUAUGUGAAGAGCUGAAUCGGCCCAAGGCAGGAGAGGAAGAACUAGAAGAGAAGCCAGGGGACACCAAGGAGAAGGAAACUGAGGGAGAUGCAGCAGAGAAGCGGAGGAUCAGAGAUUACAAAAGAACCAGCUUGGCUAAGUAUGUGAAAUCCUUUGAUCAGUUCCUUGAUGAAAUCGCUCUUUCAUGGAAAGGAGUACUUCUCAAAAAGAGUGCAACCAUGCCUGGUGAAGCCACAGAAACGGUCCCAGUCACCGAGCAGGAGAUGCAGCAGCCUCAAGUGGAGACAGAGGCGCACGUGCAUGAAGAAGCAGCGGCUGCCAAAGAAGAGCAAAGUCACUCCUUUGGAGCUAAGGAAUUGACCAGCCAAGAGGUCGAGCAGGUUUCUGUCGACCCAAAGGCCCUUAAAGAAGAGACGGGAGAAGCGGCAACGGGAGAAAAUAUUCAUGAUUCACAACAAUUUGUACGCGAAGAUAGUGGUGCCAAGAGUGAAGAUGGAAUGAAAAGGGAAGGAUCAAAGACCUCAGUGGAUGGUCUAAUGAACCUGUGCUCAGACGAAGCUCAGGACCAAAUGCAGCCUGAUGACGUGGCUGCUGAAAAUGUGGACAAGAAAGAGCCUGUGAUGCUUCUCUCCAAGGCCUUUCAGUCCGAGGGCAACAGCACAUGUGAAGCCCCCCCUCUUUCCACUCCCCGCCUGUCAGCUCCACCUCCUGCUCCUCCUGCUUCCUCCCAGCAACCUCAGGCAGCUUCAGGUCGUGCUAAACCCAAAAGCAAAGAUGCUAAGGGCACGCAGGUUUCCUCUGCCCCAAAAGCUGUCCCAGGCAGGAGGAAGCGCUCCUCUAUGUCUGCCUCCUCUGCCUCUCCCACUUCACCAAAAUCCACUCCCUCCUCCACCCCUCGGUCCCCUCUGCCGUCUCCCUUGGCUUCCUCAGCCGGCAGCUCCUCGGCUGAUCACGCUAAUCGCGCCGCCCCAAAAGUUGUCAAGGCUGGCAAACAGGGCAAACCUAAACAGGGAGAGCCAUUUGUGCCCGCUCCUCCUGUCAUUGAAGUGAGUGAAAGGCCAGAGCAGCCUAAGCCUGCGGCUGGUGAAGCAAAACCUGCCCCCUUUGAGACCAAGGCUCAGUCACCAGCUGCUGCAAAACCUGUUGUGGCCCCACCUGCCUUUAAAGUUACCCCAAUGCCAGCUGUUGCAGCACCGAUUUCGUUUUCAGAUGCGAUUGCUUCGAGCACUCCUAAACAGUUUGAAGUGAAGGCCCCCUCAUCAAAAGCGGCUCUUGUCAUGGCUGCUCCUGAUGACGAGCUUCCUCCACUUAUCCCACCUGAGAAACCGGUUAAACUGCCAGCCGCUGAUCCUCUUGUUGAAAAAGAGGUUGCAAAGCCAGCAGAGGUUAAACCAGAUCUGCCCAAAUCUGUGCCAGUUGAGGCAGCAAAGGUCACAGUCCCAGUAAAAUCUGCAAAUGUUGACAAACCAGCCCCUGCCGAGGCUCCUAAAGUAGUUUUUAAGGCUGAAGACGUACCUGUUUCUGUUGGAGCUGCCAAGCCUGCCCAUGAGGCCGUUUCUGUCUCUCACAAGGAUCCCAAACAAGUUGAAGGAGUCAAAUCUUCUCCCCCUAAGGUUGCAAAACCAGAUGUAGAGAUCAAGGCAACCACUGUUGAGGUUAAGCCAGUCGAAACUAAACCAGCUCCUGUUGAGCUUAAGCCAGUCGAGACUAAACCAGCUCCUGUUGAGGUUAAAAAGCCAGCUGAGACUAAACCGGCUCCUGUUGAGGUUAAGCCAGCUGAGACUAAACCGGCUCCUGUUGGGGUUAAAAAGCCAGUCGAGACUAAACCAGCUCCUGUUGAAGUUAAAAAGCCAGCUGAGACUAAACCGGCUCCUGUUGAGCUUAAGCCAGUCGAGACUAAACCAGCUCCUGUUGAGGUUAAAAAGCCAGUUGAGACUAAACCGGCUCCUGUUGAGGUUAAAAAGCCAGCUGAGACUAAACCAGCUCCUGUUGAGGUUAAGGCAGCUGAGACUAAACCAGCUCCUGUUGAGGUUAAAAAGCCAGGAAAGGUGGACAAGCCAGCCGACGCUGCCAGGCUGGCCACAGAAGGCAAAUUGGUUGAAGCCAGUCCAGCUUCCGCUGAAGCUCCUAAACCUGCCAAACCUGCUGCGGAGCCCUCAUCUGCUCCUCUAAAACCCGCCCCAGUAGAGCCGGCUGCUCCGCGUAAGCUCACCUUUGCUGAGGCCGUAGCAAAACCUGUCCCUGUUAAGCCUGAAGUUGAGCUGAUCAAUUCUGAACCCGUCUCGUCUCCUAAACCUGCCCCCACUCCCGGAUCUGGCACAGAGUCAGACAGCGAUGACUCGGUUCCUGAGCUGGAGGAACAGGACUCUGCACAGACACAGACACAACAAGCCCAGCUUGCAGCAGCUGCUGAAAUAGACGAGGAACCCGUCAGCAAAGCCAAACAGAGCCGCAGUGAAAAGAAGGCACGAAAGGCAAUGUCAAAGCUUGGUCUCAGGCAAGUAACAGGAGUCACCCGGGUCACCAUUCGCAAGUCAAAGAACAUCUUGUUUGUCAUCACCAAGCCAGAUGUCUACAAAAGCCCAGCGUCAGACACAUACAUUGUCUUUGGUGAGGCUAAGAUUGAAGACCUCUCCCAGCAAGCCCAGCUGGCCGCCGCCGAAAAGUUCAAGGUACAGGGAGAAGCUGUAUCAAACAUCCAGGAAAACACACAGACGCCCACAGUACAGGAGGAGAGCGAAGAGGAAGAGGUUGAUGAGACCGGAGUUGAGGUGAAGGACAUCGAACUCGUCAUGUCACAGGCCAACGUGUCACGGGCAAAGGCUGUACGCGCUCUGAAGAACAACAACAACGACAUCGUCAAUGCCAUUAUGGAGUUGACAAUGUAAAAGGACCCUGUCGACAAAGGCAGAAGAAAGGUUGCUGAUUUAAUCUGAGCUCGUUUAUACAAUUUAUACCCCAGAUGGAAAUAAAGUUGUGGCUUGAUAAAAUGACA